CUCGCUUCGCGGUGUCGGAUUGAUCCGAGGCACAACGGUACGCGUCCCUAGUCUGUGGGAUGGACCAUUAUCUCACACUGCAUAUCGUCUCAUGUUACAUAAGUGGGGAAAUUCAGUGAAUCAAGGAACGAGGUUUUCGACUUAAUACGGACCGGAAGUGCUGAUAUAUAUUUGUUUUCGUCGACAAUGCAUGUUCAGUUGUAAUAAAUGAGGACAUCCAUAUUCAGUUUUACGAAGAUGGCGUGACCACAUUUCAGGUUUAAAAGCAAAGGUUUCGUACUUCUGUGUAUCUAAUUACUUUUCGAGUAAAUUAAUGGUUGAAUGAAUUAAAAGGUUAUUUCUGAAACAAAAUUGCAACAAGGAAGGUAUAAUUCUCACGUAUGAAGUGGUUUAUGAUCAUCCUGUGUUCCUACAGAAGAAGUAACUUGGUGCAAUGGCCAAGUAUGGCGGUGCUGAAAGCAUUUCUUACAGUAAGGCUGUUUCACUGGUAGACUCGUAUAAGAGGAACUAGUGUGAAUCAUGAGAAACAAUUCUGUGAUAUAGUAAAUUCGUACAUAUAAAACAGCAAAGAUGCAUUUUCGAGUUGCUACAAUUUGGGUCAAAAGAAUUCAUAAAAAGUACUAACAUUUUACUAUCGAUUUUAUCAUUUUCUUUAGAAUUUUGUAUAAAGAAUUCCUUGCAAGUGAACUGGAUUACAAAAUUAAGGAUUACCUACAUAUUAAGAUAUAAUAUUGUACAAGGAAAUAAUUGUGACAUAGCUGUACAUGGUAACUACACUAAAUUAGCACAGCUGGUCUGUAUAAAUAUAGGUACAAGGGCGAGGAAGAACUGGAAUUGUUUCUGUUUUGAAACGUACAUACAAAAUACGAUAUAUAUAUAAAGCAGUUCUCCAAAACGAAAUAAUGGCAACGUUCGGAAGAUUCACUGUUCCCCCACUCAGGGCAACACUUAAUGUGGCUUGGGAAACAUUUAAGGCUACUUUGCCAGACACUAGUCCAUGCUUUGAGGCGGUCCGUAAAGCAACUGGAGGGGAUGGAGGGGGCGGGGGGGCACGACAUAGGGAACCUGGAGAACACGUGAGGUUUGCACAAUUUGGGGGAGAGGGCCAUCAGAGGCUGGAAGACAACACCGAACUGUCAACAAUGCCAGGAGGAGGGGACUAUGGCGGGACUGAAGGAGGAAUUGCUGAAGAUGGGUUCAUCGACAGGCAGCAGAGCUACCAGCAUUCCCGUGGCAAUGGCAGCCUUGCGAGUGUUGACUUCGGAAGCGACAGCAUGGGUGGAGGAGGUGAAUUCGGAGAAGGAAGAAGCAAACACAAGAUCAACGAAUGGCAGGCGGCUUGGAACGUUACCAAUGCCAUUCAGGGGAUGUUCAUUGUGUCACUGCCAUUUGCCGUGUUGAGAGGUGGAUACUGGGCAAUAGCAGCCAUGAUUGGAAUCGCAUACAUCUGCUGCUACACAGGCAAGAUCCUAGUUGAAUGUCUCUAUGAGGAAGAUGCUAUCACGGGUCAGCGGGUGAGAGUACGGGACUCUUACGUUGCCAUUGCACGAGAAUGUUUUGGGCCCCUUUGGGGUGCACGAGCAGUAAAUAUUGCGCAGAUGAUCGAGCUUCUCAUGACAUGCAUCCUGUAUGUUGUGGUCUGUGGAGAUCUCAUGAUUGGUACCUUUCCUGAGGGAGCUGUUGACUCCCGGAGCUGGAUGAUGCUUGUUGGAAUAUUUCUUGUACCCUUGGGGUUUCUCAAGUCACUACACAUGGUGUCCGUGCUGAGUUUCUGGUGCACCAUGUCCCAUUUAGUCAUCAAUGCCAUCAUUCUUGGCUACUGCAUCUUGGAGAUUCCAGAAUGGGGAUGGUCCAAAGUCAAAUGGAGCAUUGACUUUGAAAACUUUCCCAUCUCACUUGGUGUUAUUGUCUUCAGCUACACAUCACAGAUUUUCCUUCCCACACUGGAAGGCAAUCUCAUUGAUCGAUCCAAAUUCAACUGGAUGCUCGACUGGAGUCACAUUGCAGCAGCUGCCUUCAAAUCCCUGUUUGGCUACAUCUGCUUCCUCACAUUCCAGGAUGACACCCAACAGGUCAUCACCAACAACCUGCAUUCCCCUGGCUUCAAAGAAUGUGAGAUUAAUGUGAGACUAACGUUACACUAAUAUUAUAUAUAUCCGAAGUCUUCCAACAUAUGAGAAGUGUUAAAUGUACAGUUGUUUCUUUGUAUGUUUAAUUCAAAAUUAAGUGAUGUGCUAUUGCCUGGGACUUGAAAUACAACACACACAGGCAAGCAGUAAAAUGUCAGUAACUGCUUUUAAUAUUCCAAUAACAGGAAUUCAUGUACCCUCCUUUAGCACAUCACUGUCCAUCUCAUAUUUGCCUCCAUAAUAUUUUGAGUCUCUGGUUAACUAACUAAAAAAAUCUUCUCUGCAAGGAGAUACAAAUUUUAUUGAAUGCAUAUAUAGUAAGAAAGCUAGUUAGAUGUUGAUGUUUCAAGAAUUUUUACUAAAUGUUUAUUCAGAAUCAUUUCAUGAAUGGAAAGAGCAAUAAACCCUCAUAAUUUUUACUCUGGAAUGAAAUCUAGUGGAUAAGAACAAUAACCCACCACUAUGUGUGUAGUAGUAUUGUUAUUAGCUGUUAUUAUUGUUACAAUAAUGGUAUCAUGAACUUAAUGGUCGUAUGUGUUUGGUAUCCCAAAUACAAAUAAAUACUAGGAAUAUUUCAGGCUGUAGAGAAGCAGCAGCUUCCAUACUUGCACACAGUUAAUGACAGUCUGCACAGGUUCUGCAUUUAUAAUUCUCAGGUUCCCAUAAGAAUUUAGAUUUUAUAUUAACUGAUACAGUGUACAAUUACUUACUGUACAAGUUGCUUUAUGAAAGUCAUUAUCUUUUUCCACUUGGCAACAAUGGACAGAGUAAAGAAAUUGGUCCACCAAAAAUAAAUUUGUGUCUAACUACCCCUUUAAAAGAAAGUAUGUUAUUGACUUAAUAAAUAUAGACUUAACAUGCUCUUUUCAUAUACAGGAAAAUCUCAUUUUUCCCCACUGCAGAUUAAAUACAGAUAUCUAAAAUGUGAUGUACUCAUCAUGCAAGUACACUCCCGUGUACUGCCCCAUAUGGCAAACAUAAAUUGCAAGGAGUCAUCACAUAUUUUCAUAAUUUCAUUCAAGAGCAACCCUUUCUUGUCUCUAACAAGGAAAUUGUUGUAUAUAUAUAUUAUACCUGUAUAGAUUAACUUAUAUAUUUAUUUAAUGCCAUUUUACAAGAAAAUUAUCUACUGAACCAUUGACAGCAUGAAGGGCAUUCAGAAAAUGGAUUAUACUGCACAUGGUGUACUCAGUUAAUUCAAAGUUCAUGUUAGAACGCAACUACAUGAGUGUAAUACUUCAUAUAAUGUAUUUCUUACAGUUUUUAAGACUGGAUCACUGUCAAAAUUCAUAGUAAUACAUGUGAAGUCUAUGAUACCAAAGUAAAUGUUUGAUGUGCAAUAUGGUUAAACAGUGUAGGCCUGUGUGUUGCAAUGGAAUGGUUAUGUAGAUUCACUAGCAGAAUUCAGAUAGUUAAUGAUGAAUAUAGGCCUGUAUGCAUCAAAGAUCAUCAUCUGGGUUAACUGUAUUAAUUUCAGUUCCAAAAUAAUUUAUAUGAACAUUACAUUCAUUUAAGAACUUCAUACUUUAACAUAUAAGGCCAUAUUUAAACUUCUGUAAUAAAUAUUUUGUACAUAUUCAUCCUAUGCUGCCUGAUUACUUUUGCCACCUAUGCACAUUUUAAAAACAGCGUAAAAGCACUGAUAAUUCUAGCCGAACAAAUUUUGCAGUCUGCAUCAAAAUAACCUACCAGCACUAUUUACUUAUAUGGACAUUUUUCUGCAUUCAGCUGAGUCUAAAAUAAAACUUAUGGGGGGAGGCCUAUUCUUCUUUUACUAAUGCUGGUAGUUCAUCACUAUUGCAUGUAGUAUGCUUAAUCAGCAUACAAGAGCUAAAUAAACUACAAUACCUCAUGACUUCAUAAAUGGCAGACAAUGAAUUCAGGUUCAACUAUAUAUUUACUUCAUUUACAUUGAUUUUAUGAAAAGAAAAAACAAUACAUAAUUUUACCACCUACUGUCAAUAAUACUGGACUUUUUUUUUUAUAGGAAAGGGUGUUUUAGUAAGCAUAAAUCAAAACUGAAUCUACAUUCACACAUGCAAUAUUAGUACUGAAAAACAGGAGACAGAUUGGAGAAUCCAUUAUUUUUAAGAAAACUGGUAAAUUGUACACAUACCUUCUUUCAUUGAAGUACAAUGUGAAUACAUACACAAUAUAUCACUGGUAAUAUCAAAGGGGGAAAAGAUCAAGCAGUGAAAGAGUAUGGGCAAAUUAUUUAAAUGUGUUUUCUUUAUAUUUUAAUAUACUGAUAUUUCAUUCGAAGGUGAAGUCAAUUAUCUCACUAACAAAUGCAUAUGCUCCUAAGAUGUAGUUUGGCAUUCUAACAACUUCAGACAGUUCACUUUAUGCUUCAUAAUGGCAAUGCUCCUUACCACUAAUACCAUUUCAUGUCUAAACAUUCUCAAGGGUACUUCACACAUUGAACAGGCAAUCUUACUGGGGGGGGGGUUCUUUUAUAUGUUGAAAGUAGUGUGUGGUAGCAUUCUAACAAUGAUGGAACUAUUUCCAUCACUAUCUCACGAUGAAGCAUCAAACAUGUUCUAUACACAGUAUACCAUUUAUGUGAUCAACAUUACACAGUUCAGAAACCUUCAUAAAAUAUGUAAUAUACAGGUAUUUGUUUUAUAUACUUAAGCACUUAAGAAACAUACACUACUGAAAACUGCCAUAUUAUAUACUUACACUUUGUGUGUACUCCUAUAUUUAAAAGAGCCAGGGUAGCUCAGUUAGUACAGUAACUAUGUAUGGGCUGGGUGACCAGAGAGUAAGGGUUUGGUUCCAGGGACAGGCAGAGAUUUCUCUCUUUGCCAUUGCAUCCAGAUUGGCUCCGGGGCCCAGCCAGCCUAUCCAAAAGGUACCAGGGGCUCUUUCUAAGGAGGUAAAGUGGCUGUACCUUCUUUCUCACAUAAAUGGAAUGGUGCACAUAUGCACAGGGGAAACCCUGUCUUUUAUCUACAAUUAAAAGAAUAAAGGUGAAAUGUUCGCAAGUAUAAAUUAUAUUGGUCAAAAAAGUGAAAAUGAACAUUCAUUCUAAAUAAUAAAUCAGAACUGAUAAUAUAAGAAUUAUUAUAAUUUUCUUUACCUUUUACUGUACACCAUUAGUUGGUGGGUGAAGAGCCAUGUUUGCUUCUCAUAAUGUGAGGGAACUCCUCGUUUUUUAAUGUUCUUUAUUAAACUGGUAUUCAUUUAACAAAUCAACAGCCUUGACUUUCAUUUACUCUCUAAUACAAGUUCGACUCACAUGUUCCACAUGAGAGUACAAUGAAGCAGAGCUAUAAGAGGUGUGUAGUUGUGGGCAUCCAUAGAAUGUUCAUCCUUAACCACAUUUUAGUCUUACUGAAAACAAUAUUCAGUCCCAGAUGAUGCAGAAAACACUUUCUAGUGAAAAAUAUAAUUCACAAGAAAAUGCAAUAAUACAAGCAAUGUUGAUAGUGUGUUAGUGUGAAAUCAUUCCUCUCAAGAUUUUAACUGAAAUUAAAAUUAUAUUUGACAGUUAUUUAUGAAGAUAUGUCUCCUGUCAGCUGUAACAGUGAAAGACGAGUCAUAGGAAACAAACCACAUUCUACAGUUCUGAUUACUAAAUUUUUUUUUGCAUGCUUGCUUAAGCCACCUAACAAGCUGGAAAAUAUGCUGUGUUGUAUAAAUAAUUAUCAUCAUGUACAUUUUGUGUUAAGUCCAAAUGCAGAAACUCAAAACUUCUGCUGUUCAGAUAAUAUUAAGUUUUGAGAAGGUCAUUAUUUCAAAAACAGCUCAUUGUAACAGAGAACUGUAUACAAAAUCAAAUUAUUUAAUUUUUGCAAGCUCUGCAGUAUGUUAUAACAAUGGCAAACCUCAUGGAAGAAACUUGACAUUAGAGCUGCUGCUGUUAGUGGUGGCCAUUAUGUACCUUAUAUAAAUGUACAUAAUGUUAUGAAAUGCUAAUUAUGCUUCCCUUCAUCUUUUGUGUGCUUCUAUGACACAGCACUUCAUUUUUCAUAAUUUGUCAUACAGGAACAUGAUGGGAGACAUUUUUGGGAAGCAUGUUCAUUAACAUAUAUUCAUUUCUUGAUGCUUUAAAAUCUAAGUUUUUGUGUAAUUUUCUAAAAUUAAUAUUCUUGGCUGAAGGCUCUAUAUAAUUAUUGUAUUUAAUGGAAGGAAAGUGAAGGUUUCUUCAGUAGGUUGCAUCUCUUUUUGAAUACACUGUAUAUAAUUUUAAUGAACAUACUUUUGAUGUGGUGAAUAUUUCAUGAGAUAUUCCGAAACUUUAUUUAAACAUUAGAGUAAAAUGACCAUCCAGAAAGUGCAAAUAAGAUCUUAGAUAUGAAACUGAUACCUUCAGCUAAACUGGUCAAGGUGUAUCUUGUUACUGUAGGUUAUUUAACAAUGCUUCAAGUUUUGAGACUGCACAGCGUUAGAUGUUAUGAUAAUUGAAUGAUGAAUCUGAAAGGGUUUGGAAGGGAGUGGGAGUGACCUAAUCAAAGUCCUAUUCUAGAAUUUGUCUGGAAAGACUGAGGAAAUCCAUGAAAAACCUCAGUCAGGAUAGUCAGUGUCUUGGCCGAGAUUUGAAAUAAGCAUCUCCCAAACACAGGUCUAGGGUGUAACCACUAGGCCAACCUGUUCAAUGUCAACCUAUGUCCAUUUAGUAUGCUUACCUGUUAUGUUACCAGGGGGCACACGGUAGAGUAGUUGGUUGAGGCACCAUGCUACAAGCUGGAAGGUCACGGGUUCAAGUCCCGAUGA